AUGACUUUAUACAUUCGUAUUAUUAUGAAUAAAAGAUAGUCUGUAAGAAGCGUACAAUUUUUCUUGAGCAUGGACAAAAGAGUGACAAACCUUGAAUUAUAUAACAGUUGUGGUUUUUCAAUAAACAAGGUCAUUUCAAGCUUGGCAAGCGCAUUUAGAGAUGUUCUAUCAUUAAUACAUUAGCAUAAAAAGGCAUCUAAUGCUAUAACUCUUCUUUUUUCUUUCGUAUAAACUUAAAGAAAGUGCCCUGAUAAUGCCUAAUUUUGGUAUGAAGCCUUCUCCAGAUGGGGCUUAUGUGGAGGACGACGGCGAAGAACACAGACUAACUAAUCGCGCAAUUAUAACUGAGGAUAUUAGAGACAAAAUAGGAUACUCACUUUAUAAGGCUUUGGAUGGAAACAAUAAAUCACGUAUAUGCAUGAGUUAUCCGGAUAAAAGCUCCACUGUUGUCCUCCCUAUUAGCGAUGUAAUAAUAGAGUGUUACGAAGAAGCAGGCUUAGUAUUACCUUUUUUUGGGGAUAUAAUUACGCUUACAGGCUAUCUUGAAAAUUACAUUACUGUUGGAAUGCCGAAAAACGUUGUUUCUUGGCUUAACAUUAAUUUAUACAAGUUUACAUGUGAUGACUUGAUAUAUUUUGACGAAGCACGUCAAGAUCAUGUCUGGUUUAAUGUCGGAUUAAGCCAGGAAACAAAGGCUGUCGUAUGGGGAGAUCUUGAAAAAAAAAGUGAUAGAUUGUGGAAGUAUAAAAGAUUUCAUGCAAAAAGUACAGCAAAAUGUUAUAGGAAUUGGAAUGUUUGAAGUCAAUACAUAUAACAAAAGUAUUGCUUUUGAUCUGAAAAGGUUUCAAGGAGUCGAUUUUACCAAAAAGACAUCUAAUAGAGAUCUUUAUAAAUGGGAAACAAAUUUCACCACACUCUGCUCGGGUAGCUUGCUAAAGAAAAUUAGAAACUGAC